AUGACGCAGCUUCGCCCAUUUGCAUCUACUCCUGUCGAAUCCGCCGAGAGCUGGAAAAUCCAGAGCCCAGCUGGCGAAGUCUACUUGAUUCAAAUCGGCUUUCCUCGCAGCUGGGGCGACAGCUCUUCACCCGAUCAAGACCAAACCACUGAAGCCAAGAUCCCUAUCUUGUAUCUUACUGAUGGAAACUCGGUUUUCCUGACAGCGCUCGAGGCUCUUCACCGACGCCUCUGCGCGUCGCCCGCCCCCUUUCCGCAGAGCAUCAUUGUUUCCAUUGGUUUCGACGUCCAGCCGCACUCAGAUUUGCUCUUUGACAAGCGCAGAGGAAGAGACUUGACGCCUCCCGCGCCUGGUUGCGGCCCAAAUGCAGGCGGGGCCGACGUGUUUGCAGACCUGAUCCAAAAUCGCGUCAGGCCACUUGUCCACCGGCGAUUGAAGGAGCGCCGCCAUGGUGCCGUCCCUGGAAAGGAGGCACUCUACGGCCAUUCUUUUGGUGGGCUCUUCUCGCUGCAUCUUUGCUUCACGAGGCCGUCCAUGUUUGAUACCUUCAUCGCGAGCAGCCCGAGUAUCUGGUGGCACGACAAUUUCAUCUUGCAGGAGGAGCUGGCAUUCCGCCAACGCAAGAACGAGACUGCAACCCCGUCGCUCUGGCUAUCUAUAGGUGGGGACGAGCAGGACCCAGCCCGUCGGAGAGGAGAGACUGAUGAGGGCUACGAGGCGAGGAAGAAGAGACACAACCAGAGGCAGAUGAUCACCAACGUCACUGAGAUGUAUGGACGUCUUCAGCAGAGUGACACUUUGCAGAAUCUUUCCUUCAAGAAAUACGACGGGGAGGAUCAUGGGACCGUAAUUGCGUGUUCCGUUAGCCAAAGUCUAGCCAACUUUUUCGAAGAUUGGCCAUUUGUAAUCUGA